AUGGAAUUUCCAACUAUUCUUGGACUAAGUGACCGUGCAGGAAUACUUCGUGGUGCUGGAGUCGCAUGGCCUAAUGGAAUUGUUCCAUACAUAUUUGCAACAGGAUAUAGUUAUGAACAAGAAUUAAUUAUUACUGCUGCAAUGCGAAUGUUAGAAAAUACGGUAGCUAUGAAUAACUAUCGUUGUGUUCAGUUUCGACCAAGAAACUUAUCCGAUCCAUAUUAUAUUAUAUUCUAUAAUGGAAACGGCUGUUCAUCAUAUGUCGGACAAAAUCCAGGCAUGAACUUAAAUCGUACAGUUACAUUGCAAGUUUCUGGUUGUCUCGGUGUUGGAACAAUUAUGCACGAAUUAUUACAUGCAUUAGGUUUUGAACAUGAACAAUCAAGACCAGAUCGUGAUCAAUAUGUUACAAUUAAUUGGGCUAAUAUACAAACUGGUAUUGUAAUGUUUCUUAUUAGCAUGUCAUAUAAUUUUGACAGAUUUGAUAAUGAUUCAGUGAAUACUUAUAAUACACCGUAUGAUUACGGAUCAUUAAUGCAUUAUAGUUCGACUGCAUUUUCUACAAAUGGUUUGCCAACUAUUGUAGCGAAUCAAGCAAAUGUUACUUUGGGACAACGGAGUAAUUUAAGUGUGUAUGAUGUACAAGCACUUCGACGUUUUUACAAUUGUACGGCAAGUGGUACGACACUACCACCAACGACAACACCACCUCCAUUAAAUGUAUCUGGGGUCAAUACCACCUAUUCAUCGGCAUGGACAACAAAUAGUCGAAAAUUUUUACGUUAUGGAGGAAGAACUGCAAACUAUUAUUAUGAAACCUAUCAAGUAAAUGUUUCAACAGCUGGUUACUAUCGAUUCAAAAGUAGUUCUUCUAUUGAUACAUAUGGUUAUCUGUAUGUCAACAAUUUCUUGCCGUCUUCAACAAGCUUGAAUUUUUUGGUAGAAGAUGAUGAUACUGGUUCUAAUUCACAAUUUCAAUUCACAUUGUAUCUACAACCAAAUACUGUCUAUAUAUUAGUUGCAACAACCUACUAUGAAAAUGUAACAGGUUCAUAUACAGUGAUUGCAUCUGGAGCAACAAGAGUUACUCUUGUUCCUGUAACAAAUACAUCAACAGUACUUACUACUACUAGUGCUCCAGCAACAACUAGCACUUCAACCUAUCCUCCAAAUACUACCAUAACAAGUUAUUCAGGUGUAUUGAACAAUACCAGUCCGACUUUCUAUCGAACUGGAAAUUCAAACAUAUUUUACUUUGAAGCAAUUAAAGUGACAACCAAUAUAACAGGAAAUUACACAUUCAUAAGUAACAGUGGCAUUGAUAGUUUUGGUUAUUUAUGUGUCAAUAGUUUCAAUCCAUCUAAUGUCGCAUCUACUCUUGUUGCAUUAGAUGAUGAUAGUGGUGGAAAUGCCCAAUUUUCAAUAACAUAUACAUUGCAAGCUGGUACAACUUAUAUUUUAAUAUUUACAACAUAUUCGCCUAAUGUAACAACAUCAUUCUCUAUUAUGGCAUUGGGUCCAGCAAGACUUGGACUUCAAUAUAUCAAAAUGAGCAAUGGUUCAGGGUCUAUCACUACGAUCACUUCAACUUCUACAAUAAGAUAUUCAACGCUUACAACAACGGCUCCUGUUAUAUGCAAUGGAUCUAGCAUUCGGUUAACAUGUCCAGUUCAAGUUGUAACUAAUGGAAUAAUUGUUACUAUUAAUGCGACAAAUCGAACUCUCAAUGGUGGAUACAUUACACCAAAUAAUACAGUUUUUAAUCUCGAUGAUUCAAGUACAGUAAAUGGUUAUGUUCGAACUGUCUCUGUUCAAUAUGUUCAAUCCAGAUUACCAACUGCAUCGACUCGUAUUUGGAUUUAUGGCAUUAUUCCAAUUCUUGGUGGUUAUAUGGCUUGUAGUCAAUAUUUGGUUCCUUCUUCUCAAAUAUCAACAACACAAUUAGGGCAAACCUAUAAUAUCACUGCAAAUAUAAUCAAUGUUUUUCCAGGAACAUAUGUUGGAGUCGGUAUUCAAGAUGGAUUAACAUCUAUUGCUACAACAUCUGGCAGUAUUGCAUUCAGUGUCGGAACUGCUAAUUUAACAUCAAAUAUUUUCACACGUACACCAUUAUAUUUUCGACCUGAUAAUUCAGGAUUUGGUGCCAAAGUGAGCUACACUAUAAUGGCAUAG